AUGUCACGCCUCCUCCCCCGCCUUCCAACAGCCCUCCGCGCCCUCCGCGCCCCCCUCGCAAGACCCUACUCCUCCUCCUCCUCCUCGGCUUUCAAACCCUCUCCAGGGCCCCCCCGCCUCCCCGCCUCCGAGCAAGCCGAGUUCGAACGCCUCCAGCGCACGGCGGCCGUCGCCUCUGGUUUCGACAUGAGCCCGCCCUCUCCCGCCGAGGCGACCGAGACGACGACGGCGGCGGCGGCAGCGGCGGCAGCACCGGGCAAGGUCGAGGUGCGCACCGACGACGGCGAGGCCCUCCACCAGGAUGUGCGCCGCGGCGCGCCACCCGAGUUUGAGGGCGAGACGAAUCCCAAGACGGGCGAGGUCGGCGGGCCGAAGAAUGAGCCUCUGCGGUGGGGUGGUGAUGGCGACUGGAGCUACAAUGGGCGGGUGACGGACUUCUAA